UAAAUAGAUACUUGAAGUGAAGUGAUUAACAAUAAGGAAGGAAAGAAAAGCGUGUAGGGUUGAAUCCAUACACCAUGGUAGAGGCUGAAAAGAAAAAAAGUGCUCUUCUAAUGUGUUUUGGAGUACAUGCAUGCAGAAAAAAAAAGCUUCAAUCGGUGCCUCGUGACAUGGAGGAGAGAAGAAGAAGCAAUGGCAGCAAAGUUUCAGCGGCUGUGGAUGAAAAGCCUCUUAGAAAAAUCGCAGACGCUUUCAAAGAUCUUGCAAAUGUGGUUACUUCCCAAGGCUCAGAGGUCGAUAUUGCUGCUUUAUCCCGUGCUUGUGCUUUUGUUGCUCCUCUUUUUGGUUGUGUCGGUUUCCAUUUCAAGUUCAUAGAGAUGGACUAUGUUUCCAAGGUUAAAGAUAUAGCAGAGGCAUCAAAAUCCUUUCGAACAUUACAAUCUAUGGUUGAUCAAGAUAUACAAACAAAUUCAGUGCGAAUACAAGGGAGCCAUUCUAGAAAUCUUUUGAAAAUAAAGCGUGGACUUGACUUUCUCAGAGUGCUCUUUGAGCAAAUUCUACUGACAGAGGGAAAUUCGAUUAGGGAUGCAGUUACCAAGGCUUACACACAAAUAUUUAAUUCAUAUCAUGGCUGGGCAUUGAGAAAGGCCGUUGCUGCAAGGAUACAUUACAUCCCUACAAAGCAGCAGAUAUUUAGGAAAAUUAGUGAAGAUGAGUCCUCGGGAAGGGUCCUUAUGCAAGCUUAUAUCUUGGCGUCCCCGCCUCUACUCCAAUACAUCGAGAAAAUUUUCCUUGAAAGAGAAUUGGGUAUAGAUUGGUGA